AUGACGAACCAGAAAGAAAUCGAGGCCCUUAUAGAUGAAGCCUUUGAUAGGCAGAAACGGGGCAAUCAGAACGCACCGUGGGACUGCCUUACGCUUGUAGGACUUACGUCUAUCAACGAAGGGCAGUACGCGGCAUAUCUAUACAAAACAGCCCUAGAGACUACGCCUGCUGAAUCUCGACCGUUAUUGUGGCGGCGCUAUGUGGAUGCGCUUUCAGAAAUGCUCAUAGUUGUUGGACUGCCAAGGACUCUGAAUGCACUCUACUCAAUGAUGCCUUUGGUCGAAAAGAGUGAUCUAACUUAUUUAAAAAGGUCAGACUGGGAAGCCGAUACCGCGGCAAGAGGCUGGCAGUAUGCAACACUAACACACCAUGACUGGGUCGACCGCUAUAAGGAGGUUGCCCUAUAUGCACCUGACGUGGCACAUAUUACACUGAAUCUCUCAAUCGAGAAGUUGUUGUCAGAUUAUUCUGUGCACGAUGGGCUUGCAACAAUGGCACUGCUAUUGACAGUACUAGUCACAACGAAUUGUCCACUCCAAGCGUCAUGGUACGUAGACGGAUAUUUAAGACACGGCGGCGAGAGAGAGACUCUUCACGAUAUUGUUGAGUUUGCGAAGAAGAUUGUGCACGAUACCGGCAAUGAACUCCCUGCGGAUUUUCCCAGCGUAGAGGAAAUGCUGGGCGGGACAACCCCAUAA